GCGUGAACGACGCGUGUUAACGCGUGUGCCGUAUUGCGGUCUCGCGGCUCACGGCGGGCGCAACCCGAGGGGGAUUCCGUCGCGCCAGGCCGAGAUUCGUUCCGGAGCGAGCGAGCGCUUUUCAGCGGCGCGUCGCCGCACGGUCGGGGGUUGAUACCGGAACUCGUUGCAUUGCAGUAGAUAAAUUUGAUAAACGCUCAUCCGUUUUAUCGCCGCUGGACGAAAGAGUCCGCCGGACCUCGGACUUGACGCGAGCCGUCACGAUAACGAGAUUCGAUAAGUUGUACGGUACCGUCUCCGCGCUUGCUUGUCUCGUACCCACAUUAGCUCGCACGUUCGCAUACGCGUGUGUGUGCGUGCGCGCGCGCGCGCGCGCGCGUGUGCAUUGACGGCCGGUUUAUAAUUUUGGCAAUCCGCCAGUCAACGUUGUCAUCCGCGCGAGUCAACGUAAAUGGCGGCAUCGAUCGUCGCCUCGCUCUGAUAAUCGCGACGACUCGUAUCGCGACCCCCGGUCGCUCGAUGCCCGAACGGAAAAUGCAAAUCGAUUGGCCGAGUGGAAUUUGAACCUGCCAAGACGACCCGGUGGAAGGAAGAGAAAGGGACAGUGGGAAGACGGGAGAUGAGAUAAUUAUACGAGAUAUAAUCGGCAGGCCAAUCGUAAGGAAUCGUUCAUUAUGCACAGUCGGCAGAAGAGCUACGGAAGUUUAUUCGGCUGUUGAACGCACAGUGGCGUUCGCUCGAGUUGCCGGGUGGAAUCCUUGAAGGAGUCGAUUGGUGCAUGAGAAGGACGACAAACUCUUUAUGACAAUGAUGGUCCGAGCUUUGUGCAAUGCCUUCAGCGUGGGAAGGCAGAUUGGCUUGUGCUCACAGACACAGCUGUUAAUACGUAGCCCAUAUUCGGGUAUCGGACAGUUGACGCGCUUGUUAUCCUCGCAUCAUGUCUCAAAGAACAUCGAGUUUCUCACGCAAGAUAAUCGAAUUAUGUCGUCUAAGAACGUUGCUCAGGACAUAAAUGUAACAAACAACCGUCCUUUGUUAGUUAUCCUCACUUGGAUGCUAUCGAAGCGACAACACGUCAUGAAGUUCGUUAAUUUGUAUAUGGAACAAGGUUUCGACGUGGCAGUGGUGUCCCUUACACCUUGGCAGCUCAUGUGGCCUACAAAGGGUUCUAGACUAGUGGCGACGGAUUUGUUAACUUUCUUAAAGCAAAAUGAAAGUUACCAACAAAUUCUGUUACACGGAUUCUCAGUGGGCGGUUACAUGUGGGGCGAAGCUUUGGACUUGAUAGAAAGCAAUAGGGAUAAGUACAGUAACGUUACGGACAGAAUCGUCGGCCAGGUGUGGGACAGUAUCGCCGAUGUCAGUCAGAUCGCGAUUGGCUUACCUCGCGCUGUAUUCCCGAAGAACACAGUGCUACAGACCAUGCUACAGAAAUACGUAGAAUAUCACAUGAAGACGUUCCACCAGCAAGCGACGCAAUAUUACAUUCGAUCCAGUCAGAUAUUUCACAGUGCCAGUGUACUACGCGUGCCAGCGUUACUGUUCGUAAGCAAAACCGAUCCCGUUGGAGCUGUACACGGCGCUAUAUCCUUGCGCGACAAUUGGGAAUCUUUAGGAAUGAAGACGUACAUAAAGAUAUUCGAGGAGUCGCCGCACGUCGCCCACUUCUACACGUACCCGAAGGAAUACGUGGGCGAGCUCUACGCCUUCUUACAGAAGUUAAACUUAAUACAGAACGAAGAAAAGAUCAGAGCGCGCCUCUAGAUGUCCCAAAAACGCGCAAUACCCCCUUCACACGUAGCUGUAUGGUAUUUUUUUAUAUGACGUUGCCUUUUCAAUUACAUUUUACUCCGUACAUUUGUAAUAUUCAGCACUUGCCACACACGAACGUAAUAUACAACAAACAGUAUGAUUUUAUAUAUUUAAACUUAUAUACACGAUAUUUGUAUAAAACUUUACGAGCAAUCAACACCAAGAUUUUGACGUUAACAAAAGUUUUUAAAGGCGAUAAAAAAUACCUUAAUUAUACAUAUUUUUGUAAAUUUAUCUUUGAAGUGCAUUAUUACUUGUUAUUAUUUAAGUGUAAAGUGUAACAUUUUAGGUGGAAGAUAUACGAUGCAUUUAAAAAUUUUGUUACCUUGAACUUUUUUUCAACGAGUUUUACAAAUACAGUAAAAAAAUAGAAGUAUAACUUAUCAUUGUAUCACGAGUUAUAUCAACAAGCAUAAUUGUAUGUUGUACAUUUGGUGUCUUAUUACAUACAUAUAUUAGUUAUUUUAUUUCAACAAA